AACUAAAGCAAUAGCAAACCUCUCCUCUGUCUGCUUCCAUCAACACUCGACUUCUUGUUUGAGUUCUGUCCUUGCCGUUUAGCUAGUCGGGAUAUGGAGGGCAGGGAAGAGGAUGUCCGCGUUGGGGCCAACAAGUUCCCGGAGAGGCAGCCUGUCGGGACAUCUGCAAAGACGGACAAGGACUACAGGGAGCUGCCACCAGAACCGCUGUUUGAGCCUGAGGAGCUGACCUCGUGGUCGUUCUACAGAGCCGGGAUUGCCGAGUUCAUGGCCACCUUCUUGUUCCUCUACGUCACCAUCCUCACCGUCAUAGGGGUCUCCAAAUCUAGUUCCAAGUGUGCCACAAUGGGCAUUCAGGGUAUUGCCUGGGCCUUCGGGGGAAUGAUCUUCGCCCUCGUCUACUGCACCGCUGGUAUCUCAGGAGGAUACAUAAACCCGGCAGUUACAUUCGGGCUAUUCCUGGCGAGGAAGCUGUCCCUGACACGGGCUGUGUUCUACAUGGUCAUGCAGUGCCUUGGUGCCAUAUGUGGGGCUGGUAUGGUGAAGGGGCUCCAGGGCUCCUCUCAAUACGAGUUGCUUGGAGGUGGGACCAACGUGGUGAACCAUGGGUAUACAAAAGGUGAUGGCCUAGGCGCUGAGAUCGUUGGCACCUUCGUCCUUGUCUACACCGUCUUCUCUGCCGUAGACGCUAAGAGGAGUGCCAGAGACCCUCACGUCCCUAUUUUGGCUCCUCUUCCAAUUGGGUUUGCGGUGUUCUUGGUCCACUUGGCCACCAUCCCAAUCACCGGAACCGGCAUCAACCCAGCUAGGAGCCUUGGCGCCGCCAUCAUCUUUAACAAGAGCCGUGCAUGGAACGACCAUUGGAUCUUCUGGGUGGGACCCUUCGUUGGUGCUGCACUUGCUGCUGUGUACCACCAGGUUAUCAUCAGAGCCAUUCCAUUCAAGUCCAGGGACUGAACUUCCUGAUAUCUUCCCGCUGCUAUGCGCUACUCCGUCUUGUUUCUUAAUUCAGGAUCUAUUUUCAGAUUCUUUAUUGCAAUCUUCUCAUAUUGAAUAUGGUGUAAAUUGUUGCAAAUUCUGCAGAUUUCAAGCAAAUAAUCUUUUUUGC